GUUGUACCGUCGCGCAAUGCCUUCCGAGGUACUAACACUGUCACUAUCCAGGUCAUCAGCUGGGUGCGAGGAUAUAUAUGCUGCAGUCACUUUAACACGCCCUGAUAUACUUCACUGGGGUGCUUGUGACCUGGAAAUAGAAUCUCGGAUUAUUUACAAGUGUUUCUUGUUCAGAAAAAUGGAAUGUAAUACCUUGAAAGAUGUGCUUUGGUGUGGAUACCUGUGUUUGAGCUUCGCAGUUCUUUUCCAGAUAUCCCACGGCAAGGACACAGAAACAAGCGCGUGUUACAGCAAUGUCAAUAGAUGUGGUCAACACACUAUGUCCUGUCCAGUAGGUCACACUGUGGUAGUGACCGAUGCCCUCUACGCUCAUCAGUCCAGAACCACGACCUGCACCAGAGGCAAGCUGUCCUCUUGUAGUGACCGCUACAUCAAUGCCUGCUGCAAGCGCACUGGACGCCAGUGUUACAAGCCUUACACCGGGGUUGAUGCAGACAGGCUUCUUCGUUCGUGUUUAGGGUCUCGCUCCUGUGACCAUAUGACGCCACAAAAGAACCAGAACUGUGGUCAACUGAAACUUCCUGUGUCAACAUUCUCUGUGGUGUCUCAUCGUUGUGUGUUAGAUACUCUCAUCAUCGGUUAUGAUGUCGAGACACAGAUCACCAACAACUUAGUGUAUCUACUCUAUCGGAUUCCCAUCACCAAGACGAAACAAGGAACAGCAAAUGUAUACGGAUGUGACGUCACUGGACCGGAAGGCGCAAAUGUCAAGGUCAGGGCGCUGGACGUGUCAAUGGUGUCCGUGAAUGGAGGACCUUGUUCAGGAUUGGAAAUAGACAAAGAGGGAGAUGUGACUAUAUUUUCCUGCGAGAGGACAGACCUGAGAUUCUUAGCAACGCUGUAUGAUGGUGCUGUUCCUAUUGCUGUUAAUAUAGUUGACGUAGGAGGGACUCCGCCUCAGGCUGCUUGGGUCCUUUUGGAAGGUAGAGGGAAUAUUACCGUUGAUUGCGGUAAAAUACGUGAGACCCGCAAAGUACCACUUUCUACGUCUACGACAACUGGAUCGUCUACCUUGACGUCGACACAAACAACAUCAGCAUCCUCUACAACUCAGUCUACCCAAUCAACAACACCAACCUCGGGGUCGAGCGCCACGUCAACAACAGUGGCAAGCAUACCGUCAAGCACACCUUCUCCGUCAACGUCACAAACAUCAGAGCCGUUGCCAGAGACGAAACCAGAACCGGAUUCAACUCCCGAGCCGAGUAGAACGAACAGCGACACGUCACCCAGCUCCCAAGCCGUGACUUCAGCAGCUGUAUCAAACUCAGUGCCGGAAACAGAAGAAGGUGCCACAGUCGUAAAAUCCUCGGGAUCCAACUCCGCUGCAACUUACGGCGGGGUUGCCACCGGCCUCCUGCUGUUGAUUCUCAUCAUCAUCGUCAUCGUCGCCGUCCUGUGCUACCGCAGGAGAAGAUACAGGCGUUACCAAAGUAGAAAAGUUGAGGAAGAACGCAACAUCCCCGAUGGAGAAGAACGUUCGUGGGACAAGACGGAUGGAGACAGGGAAAGAGACGACACGUCCAGAGGAGGACCAUCUCCAGGUCAAGGUCACAAGGGAAACAACUCCAGCAAUAACAGCCCGCUAAAGACGCCAACCAGCCGGAGUGGAGGCAGGCAGAUGGGGAGAAAGGAAAGGGCACUGCUUGCGUCCUCUGAUGGCGGUCCUAAUACGUCCCCGCCCCGAGUAAGCCAACCGAGAGACUCAGACGGGUACACAAAUGCUGGAAAGCCAUAUAGCAGUUCGGACAAUCCUUCGGGAGAUUUUUACGACAACCCAGGGUUUAAGACAACAGUUGAAAGCUUAAAAAUAUUUUGAUAGGAAACACAAAUUGUGAUAAAUGGUUGUGUGCGUUAGGGAUUUGUCUUUUUUUGUAUUGUGUUACAAUAUUUGUAAUAUUUGAAUGACUUAAUGUAUAAUAGGGAUAUACAUGAACUAAAAGUUCAAGUGAUUUUAGAAAAACAAUUGUCAGAGAAAAUUCUGUGAACAAAAUACUUAUGAUUCAGACUGAAAAAAGAAAUUGCCUGCCACAAAAAAAUUACAUUGUUGCAAGGUGUAUUUCUUUUAAAAUAAAACGUCGUUUUACAUAUGAAUUAUAUCUGCUUUUGUUAGCUGAAGCUGAAAAAUAUCUAACCUCGAUACAAAAUCACAGGUCCCCAUUCACAACAAGGUAUCCAAGUGUGAUUGCCAGCGGUAUUUCAAGAGUAUUUCGGAGUUAAUGGGUAGCCUAGGGACGAAAGCGACCUCUCAUCACGCCGAAGGCACUGGUUUCAGUUCCCCGCAUGGGUACAAUGCGUGAAAAAUAUUUCUGCUCUCUUCAUGUUGGCGAAUAGCAAGAGUGGAAAGUGAAAUUUGCUGAAUGUCUAAGUUCGAAUCCCUGAUUAUGUUUCUUUUAAUGGUUUGUCUGCAUCAUACCCGUACUCGUCCAAAACAUGCAUUAUUAACUGGAGUCCCUCUGCCUGCAGAGGCAAACAUGCAACAAUAGCAUUCACAUAUGUACUCAGAUUAUAUCCUCUUUACCUCAUGAGUCGGUAGCCGAGUGGUUUAGUCGUUCGCUCGUCUCGCUGAAGGCUCGGGUUCGAUUCCCAACAUGAGUACUUUGUGUGAAACUCAUUUCUGGUGUCCCCCGCCGUGAUAUUGCUGGAAUAUUGCAAAAAGCGGCGUAAAACCAUACUCACUCACUCACCUAUGCGAGACGUAAGAACUUACUACAGUGGGGAUCAGGUGGUCGGCGUGUUUGUCAGCUGACUGCGUGAUACCAACCCCUGGAUAAUUGUCUGUGAUUCCAGUCACUAGUUCGGCAAGCCCAGUCUGUAUUACAAGACUCCGUGUGAUACAGCUGGAGUAGAGCUGACUGCGGCGUCAAACAAUAUUCACACGUAACAAAACCAUGAACUCAGUGCCGUAGAUAGGGGGACGGAUUGCUUGGGGGUUAAGGGAAUCGCGUUUUCACUGUAAGUGAGUGAGUGAGUAUGGUUUUACGCAGCUUUUAGCAAUAUUCCAGCAAUAUCACGGCGGGGGACACCAGCAAUGGGCUUCACACAUUGUACCCAUGUCGGGAAUCGAACCCGGGUCAUCGGCGUGACGAGCGAACGCUUUAACCACUAGGCUACCCGACCCCCCCUUCACUGUAAGACUUUGCGUUCUAAACCAUGACAGAAUCCACUAGGAAUGAGUCCAGUUCCAGAUUCAAAGCGAUUCAUGUCCUUGCCUGUCGUCACUUAAUCAGUUCUUGUUGGUGUCAUCUAAGUCUACUUGCUAUAUACAAAAUUUGUGCUUACUCCCAACAGUAAAAUGACAGACAGUAAACUACGGUUAUAACGAACUGAAUGGGACCACUAAUUUUAAUUCGUUAUAACCGUAGUUCGUUAUAGGCAAAUGUACGGAAUAUAUAUAUAUAGCAAAUAGACAGAACCCAAAAAAUAGUUCGUUAUAUCCGUCAGUUCGUUAUAAGCAUGUUCGUUAUAACCGUAGUUUACUGUACCGCGAUAUUACUGAAAUAUUCACUCAUUCAUCUAUGAUGGUGUGAUUAAAGAAUUAAAUGUUUUAAUUAUACUAUCUUACUUGUUCACGUAAGUUACCUUUUUAGUUUAUUUUGAAAGAAUUGCAUAACUUAAUGUUGAUAUAUUUGAGGUUGCUCAAAGAUUGAAAUGUAGCUAAAACCGACAUCGUGGUGGUUUGAUGGCUGUGGUUAAUAUCCCGAUGACAAAGCCACAAAGAUGCACAUGCUAUACCUCAUAAUAAUGUACAUAGCGCAAAAAUGUGUUUCAUCCAAUACCAUUAGCGAGUGAAUUAUAUUGCUUUGAACAUGAUGCAGUGUAUAUAAUAAAUCCCUAUAGACUCAAGUCACAUGUCAAUCAUCAAAAAGGCAUUUUGAGAUGUCACACAUGUACAUAUGAAUGCAAAGAAAUGCAAAAAAUUUUAAAUAGACAUUUAUCUUGUAGAUAGUCAAUUGUUAAUAAAUUUGUGUCAUACA